AUGGACGGCGGCGCGCGCAGCGCCAGCGUGGCGCGCAAGGCGUACACGGACGCAGCCUUCACGCCCGGCCGCACCUGGCCUCGCCUCGUUGACGCCCUCUCACACGGAGAGCCGCACGACGCGCCCAGGACGUGCCCCGGCAGGCCGCACCUUUGCGCGCAUCGUGGAGGAGCUCUCGCAGUGCGGCUACGCGGUGGCGGGGAGGAGCGUUCCCCGCCGCAGCUCCGCAGCCUCCGUGCCGCAACGGCGGCCGUAUCUCCCCUCCAGGAGUGGCUGCCGCAGCAGCGGGAGCGCGUCUACCUGGUCGGGUUCCGACGCGACCUCGGCAUCGAGAUGCGGUGGGACGGCGUGCGCGGCGGCAAGCCGUCCUCCGCGCUGCGCGACGUGCUCGAGACCCCUCGCAGCGAGGCGGCGGCGGCGUGCGAGCUGAGCGAGGCACAGUGGCAGCAGCUGCGCGGCCAACUCGCCUCAUUCAAGCGGUGGCCGGGCGCGCCGCCCUGCUCUCUGUCCGACAGGGCCGUCGACUUGUGCGCAAAGGCGCCGACGCUGACGUCGUCGUACCGGCACGUCUCGAACUACACGAGCCGGUACGUCUGCGAGGAGCUCGACGGCUCGCUCCGCGACGGCGGGCAGCGCAGGCCGCGCUUCCUUGCGCGAGGUUGA